UCUAGCUUGAAGUAUAUUUAAAAAAAGGGUUCCACACUAGAGGGUGGUUUUUGACCUUGGACUUUGGAAAACCCCGGAACGGUAAGAGAUAGCGAGCUAAAAAAUUUCAUAACCACACUUUGAUAUGGCGAAUAUUUGCUGAAAGUUUGAUCAAAAUCGGAUGUAAGACAAAAUGAUUUUUUCUGAGGGGGGGGCACUUAACGAUGUAAUUCCUUUUACUUUUAGAAAGACAACAGUCAGAUCGAAAAUUCCAUAGUGUUGCGCUAUUCUUUUUUCUAAUAGAAUUUCUUUGCACGUUUGAGCCUAUCCUGCCAUCAAACACUGUAGAUCAUUUCUGAAUCGAACGGUGAAUGAGACCAUUUCUGUUGUAUUAAUCUGAACAUGACGUACUUAUCAUUUAGAGCGAAAUCAAACUGUGGGACAAAUGACACUCGAUUGUCACGGUCGUGCUUGUCCAAAAUGUAAUAAGUGUUGUGAUUGGAAGAAUAGUGUGAAGCGUGGUGAUGCCACUUGCUAUCGUUAUGGUGUUGGCCCUGGUCAUAUGGGUUACUCGAUAUGUGUUGUUGUGUCGAGAACAAAUGAGACACUCUUGAAAGAUUUACUCUGA